AGCCAAUCGGAGGCCGGGGGCGCGGAGCGGCCAGGGAGGCAAGGCGCUGGAGCUUCGGGGAUCCCUCGAGGCUGCUCCGCCGGGUCCCACCCCCGCCGUGGGUCAAGGACCUGCCCACCCCGGCCCAGGCUGACAGAGCGGGCACUCCCGGCUGCGGGCUGUGCGCGGUAGCGGGCCUGGCCGGCGGCUCCGAGCGUGCAGGGAGGGCGGACCUCAGGUCGGACCCGCCGCCCCCCACGCCGGGCCUUGGGGUUCCCCAGCCCCGGCCUCCCGCCUGUCACCACCACCCCUAGCCUCUCUGACUGAGCUCGGCGCCCUGGAGAGGAUUAACACCCAGGGAGGCAGGGGGCUUCCUUUAUCCAAGGAGUGGCUGUGCAGGUGGUCACUACGGGUAGUAGGAGCUACAGGCUGGGACACUCCUGAUGUCAGAAGAGAGUGGGCAGGUUAACUGACCACAGGCAGUCCUCAGCCCUCUCUGCAUCAGCAUGAACUCCAGGAUUGCAUCUGCUAGGGGCUGGUUCAGCAGCCAUCCACCCACCUCUGAGCCUGAUCUGGAAACUGCCACAGAUGGGCCAGCCUCUGAGACCACUACCCUCAGCCCAGAAGCCACCAGCUUGAAUGACACCAGAAUCCCUGAUGUGGCUGGUGGUGCAGCCAGUGUGGGUACCAUGCUUCUGUCUCUUGGGAUCAUCACAGUGAUUGGCCUGGCUGUAGCCAUGGUUUUGUACAUCAGGAAGAAGAAGAGGCUGGAGAAACUACGCCACCAGCUCAUGCCCAUGUACAGCUUUGACCCCACAGAGGAACAAGAUGAGCUGGAGCAGGAGCUGCUGGAGCACGGGCGGGAUGCAGCUUCCGUGCAGGCCGCGCAGGGCAAGGCCAUUCUUCCCUCCCAGGGCCCACUGCAGAGGCCCAGCCGACUGGUAUUUACCGACGUAGCCAACGCCAUCCAUGCGUGAGUGGCCUGGGGACAGACCUGGACCUCUGAUAGAGAUACCUGCCACGGUCCCCACAAAACUCCCCACUUCCUGAUUGUCAAGACCUACUCUCAGGACCUGCCCUGCCAAGACGGGAAAGGGCCAGGCCAGGCCCCAGCUGUUCUGUGGACCCACGUGCUGACUCUCUAGGCUUUAAGAGAGGACCCUGGCAGACUGGGCAUCUGGCCACUGACCUCUCCUGACCUGAGGGGCCUCGCAUGUGGGGCAUUCCUCAUGCCGGGAAGGUCAGGAGCCACUGCUGGCUUCCCUGUCACCUGUCCAGACCCCUCAUAUCAGGGUCUGCUCCUCUACUGUUGAGGAAACUUGGGGGAGAUCUGGAGUGGGAGGGGAGGGGACUUGGGGGUUCCUUUCUGUCAGGGAGAGACCUGUUUUUGCAGUCUGGAGCCUCCUCUGGGGUGGGGAGAGGCAACCACAUGAAGGCCCAGGAAUGGAGCUGGAACUGCCCAGUAGGCAAGGAUGCUGGCUGAAGGGCUGCUCUUAGUUGGGGGCCAUCCGUACUAGAGGGCCCAUGAGGUCUCCCAGCCACCCAUCCCUGGCAGCCAGUGGUUUGUUGAGCCUGAGCUAGAACAGGAGCUGAGGGGGAAGGAAGUGGGGGAACAUAUGUGGAGGAUGCAGCCCCCAGACCUGCUGAGAGCCUCGUAUGUACGUGAGUGUGUGAGUGUGCCCUCAGGCAAGAUGGAGACCUUCUGCAUUGGCUCUACCCUCCAAGUCAACCCCGCCCAGUGGAGCAUCAGGUUAGGCGACCUCUUCUACAUUCAGUGUUCAGGGACUGCAGGAAGAGGGAAACAAGGCAGGGUCCCAGUGUCCACUGCACUUCGUCACCGGGUUCUAAAAGGCAGGCUGACCUGUUGGUGAACACAGCUCCCUGUCUGGGACUACAUUAAGGGUCUGGGGUGGGGAGAGGCUGUUGGUGUGGGGACAGUGCUCACAGGCUUCAGUCUAGUGGGGGAAGUUCUGACUGCCUGAAAGAGGGUGGAGGAUUACCCCCUGGGAAAGAGACCUAAGAAACCUACUCUAUUUUUCAAUUCUCCCACCUAUGGGAAGGGGUUCUCAGUGUUUCUGGAGUCGGGGAAGGUCUUUGCACUUGGCCUCCCCAUAAGCCUUGGAGGGUCAGGGCUGAUGCCAGGGGCCUCUAGGCAUGGCAUUAGGUGGAGACAGACUCCAAGAGCUGGACAUUUCUCUAUGCUGGGCAUACACGUGCACACGAGCCUGCACAGAGUCACGUUCCUAGGCCUGGCCCGGCACCGUCGCUGUCCUCCACUGGUUGGAGGGGAUGCAGGAGCAGCAUGUGUAGAUCUUCCAUUGGGCAAAUACCACGUGUCAGGAGGCUGGGGCCCAGGAGGUCCCCGUGGGGAAGGUUCUGGAUUUAUUCCCUCCUCUAGAUGCUAUAAAUAUGUUAGCACUUAAGCCAACUGGAGGGCUGUGGGUAAUUUAGGAUGCAGAAAUCUGUAAUUUAACUCAAACCAUCUCCAUGUGAGAGCAUUAAAGAUGUAAUUAAGAUGUUUA